AUUAAAAACUGACACAUGACAGAAACAUUAAAUUCUUACAAAUUUAGUCAAUCUAUGAAAAUAAUUUUAAAUGGAAGAGAAAUAUAUUCCUCCCUCAUGGGCGGGAAAACCUCCAUCAGGUUUACAUUUGGAUGUUGUUAAAGGGGAUAAAUUGAUUCAAAAAUUUAUGAUUGAUGAAAAAAAUUACUAUUUAUUUGGUAGAAAUUCAAAAAUUUGUGAUUUUGUAACAGAUCACGCUUCAUGCUCUCGUCUUCAUGCAGCACUUAUUUGGCAUAAGGAUCUUGAAAGAGCUUUUUUAAUAGAUUUGGGAAGUGUACAUGGUACGUUUGUUGGUUCAAUUAGAUUAGAAAUCCAAAAACCUCAACCCAUUCCAAUAGAUUGCUCAAUUCAUUUUGGAGCAUCAACUAGAUAUUAUAUAUUACGUGAAAAACCCCAAAACCUUUUGUUAUUAAAUGAAAAUAUAUCUGAUGAGUAUAGGAGUUUAAAUGGUAGUAGAUUAAAUGAAUUGCCAGAAGAUGAAACUGAACUCGAAAAUUUAACAGAAUUUAAUACGGCUCACAAUAGGAGGAUAACAUCUAUGGGGCUAGAAGAUGCCUUAGAAACAAAAAAUAAUUCAUUCGCUAAACAUUUUAAUUCAUCAUCGACAUUGUCAGCCCUUAAUCCCUUAAUAGAAUUGAACAAAAAAGAAAAGAGACAUUCAGUGCGUUUUUAUGAUAGGGAAGAUAUAAUAAAUCCUGAGGAUAUAGAUCCAUCAAUUGGCAGAUACCGUAACAUGGUGCAGACUAUCAUAGUUCCAAAGGCCUCGUCUGAUUCCAGAAAUCCAUUAGCACUUCAAAACUCUAAAACUCUUCACCCUAAAGCUCUCAUAGGUAAGGCUAACAAUGGCACCGGCCCUCACUACGUUAAAUUUGGUAACCCAACACUUCCCUCCAACCUUUAUUCUGACAGUGACCACCCUUUGAUUCAGCCAGAAGAUAAUGAUUUUAGGCCUACGGCGAAUGUAAAUAUAUCUCCUUUUCAACCUCGAAAGGCUAACGCUAAAAUGCAGCUUAAUGUACCCAAUCCCGCUCCCAAUGUGGAUGUAAAUUUCUCCGCCACAUCUCUUGAUAAUAUGAUGCACCUUAACUACCACGCGAAAAACUCACUGAACCACCCAUCCAUUAAACGCAAAUCGGCUGGUGAUAAACCAGAAGAUAAAGAGAUCAUACCAACAAAUCUGGAUGAAACACAGGGACAAGAAGAUGCAAUAGCACAUCAUCAUAAAAAGAAAAAAUAUGCGAAGGAAGCAUGGCCUGGAAAAAGGCAUAAUAAUCCAAUGCCUAUGACUAAUUUGCCCUCGACUCUGCUUAUUUAAGGGAAUAAAAGGAUGUGUCGUUUGUUUUUAUAAGAAUUUUAUAUAAUGUAGAAUUAUUUUAUUACAUGAUUUAUGUUGUAAUUAAAUGAUCUAAUUUUUGUACCACAAACCACAUACAUUUAUUUA